AUGGAUGUUGUUGAUGCUGGCCUGGUCUGGAUCUGGCGCCAAAAGAAGCGCCUCGUCAGCAGUGUUCUUGUGUUCUCGCGUAUCCGUACAUCGUUGCUCAGCCAAGGUGACCGCGCUACCAUUCGCGAAUGCCUCAGAGCAUUACCGAACGGAGAAAAAGUACGGAGUUCACUUCUGAAAAAAGUAUAUUAUGUACGCCAAUCGUCUCGCAAGUGCCUCGCAUUUUACAUAGUUGGAGAAAAACCAUGUAUUUUCAAGCCGCAUUCUCUGUCACAGUUAGAAUUCGAUCUUCCGCUUCAGUCAGCAGCCAAGUUUCGCCUUCGAAAGUCUCUUAAUUCAGUGCAUAGGUACUGA